AUGCCACGGAAUGAUGGACGGGAUGUGCCUGUCUUUACGGUGGAGCUCGGUCUCCGAAACUCCGAGCUCAAGCUCCAGACCGAGGUGUCAACGCCGCGAAAGACACCCAGACGGCAUAGCCGCCCGAGGGCCUCCUCUUUCGCACCACCCUUGGUGCCCACAAGUCCGGCCAAGCCGCCGACACCGGAGCCCCGUCCACCGUCGCCGCUGCGACGGCCUCCCACGGGGCGACGGCGGAGCAAAGCCCCCCAGGCUCCACAGACUCCCACUGCAAGGGAGGAAGAGGCUCCACAGCGCUCGAGCCGUGACCAUCGCCACGUGCGCAUUGCUGCAGCGACGGUCGACAGCAAAGCAGUCCAGCAGACGGAGACUGCCAGAACGCGGUCGCCAACUCGCUCACCUAUCCGCUCGCCCCCACUCUCUCGACGAAGCUCUCCUCGUGCAGUGACUGUUUUAGGCCUGCACGGGAGACCGCCCUCGAUGCUGGAGCGCUCGGAAGCAUGGCAGAAACAACGCGAGGAGAAGCUACAAGCCUUGAGGGAGAAGUGCCAAGCCGAAAUCGGCUCCUUCUCCCCGAACCUGUACCGGCCUGUGCGCUCCCCUCGGUGGCUGGCUGGGCCCGAGGGUGGCGGAGGUUUGUUCGAGCGUGGGAUGCGGUCGAUCGCCAGGCGCGCUUUGGAGAAGAGGCGGUACGAGGAGGCUCAGCUCGAGUCCGAACUCUUGCAGUGCCCUUUUACGCCAAAGCUGAGCACCUGGUCUCCGGAUUCGAGGCCCAGCUCCGCCACGGCAUCCCCGUCGCCAAAGAGGAAGCCCCUGCGAGCCGCUGUGGCCUCAUUGGCCUGGGAUGAGCGGCCAAACCCUGAAGGUCAGGUCACUCCGGAGCGGGCGAAAGAGUUUUACCACAAGCAGCAGGCGUGGUUCGAGGCGAAGCAAGAGGAGCAAGACGAGCUUCGCAAGGAGCACAUCUUCCGCACCUUGCAGGAAGAGGCAGAAGCCCGGAAGAGCGAACGUCCCCCGAGAGGCGAGACGGGCCCUCUGAAGGUUGGUGGCGUUUUAUCGAGGACUGUCUACGACCGCCAGAUUGCCUGGCUACGGCAACGCGAUGCCGAGCUCCUUGAGCAGCGCAGGUCGCAGUUCGAGGCGGUAACUAGCCGAGACUCUUUCGGCUCCGGCAAUGACACGCCGAGGAGGCGGCCCAUGUCGGCGCCGGUCACGCCACAGCGUAAGCUGGAGGCUCCGACUGCCAGUGGCGCGGGCGCAGCUCUCCUGGCGAAGCUCAAGGCCGCCAGGUAUCUUGAUGAUGAGCCUCCAGCGCCACGACGGCACACGGAGCCGCGCGGGCUCUGGAGCCGUCCACCACGCCGGAGGUCUGGCAUGGUUGCAUGCACGACCUGCAGCCGACCAUGCCCCGUUGACGUUCUCCACUGCAAGCACUGUGGCCAGAAGCGCCUGAAGGUGGCCGCCGCUCGGGGCGAUCCUUGUGGCUUAGACUACACGGCCAACUUCGGCUGGCCCCUGAAUUCGGAGGUACUGCGGUGCAGCAUGCGCACCUUUCAUGUGCCUCGAAGUAUCGCUAAUGCUGCAGCUGCGCGUGAACCCAGCCUAUCUCCAGAGGAAAUGGGUGGUGGGGUCAGCGGUGGCACCCGCACCCAGCUGGCGGGAACUUUCCUCGCGGAGCAGACCCACUUUCAGCCCCCUAAGUACACGCUGGUUAGCGUGAGCUCAGCUCUCGGGCCAGAUGGCUGUCCCAGGCACGUUCCCAGCUCGUCAAGUGCCGCAGAGCGAAACGGACGCAUUCGCCCUUCCGGGGGCCCGGCACCAGUUAUGACUGUUAUCCCUGCGCUGGCUGACAUCGAGCCCUUGCUGAAGGAAAGAACGGACGAGUUCGUGAAGAGUGCGGGGCGUGUCGAACAAGGAUCGAAGGAGAAAGAGGUCAAUGAGGAUUCUCCUCCGCGGCCCCGGAGAGGAGGAGCCAGGGGAGCUGCAGAGCGCGAUGCCGCGGCUGCCUCCGAGGCCGUCAAUCGACUUUGCGCUGGUCGACACACGCCGUGGGUGGCGAAGAGGACAGAUGCUGAACUUUACAGCUACCUUGCACAGCGCAGUCGAGAUCCCAACAUGGCCAAACUUGCAGCAUCCGCCGAGUUAGCAUCGCCAAAGGCGGCGGACUCGACGGAUAGCUCUCCCCGGAGCAAGGCCAGACAGAAGCACAGCAGUCACAACGAGCUCUUUGACUCUUGCCUGCGGCAGGACCAGACUCGUCCACAAAGUGUCUCUCAAAUGCGCUCCGUGUUUUGGAGCUCAUUGCCACCCAGCUGUUCUCCGAAAUCUCCUCGUUCGACGCGCCCAGCGUCUCAAGAGAGGCCCAAGGCUCGCGAGAGAGCGUUGACGGAUCGGCUGUAUGGCGACUAUCUUCGUCGGAAGGAAAGAGCCAAGGCCCGGGAGCUGCUCGCUGGCGUGCCCUGGGACAAGGACAAAACGGAGUCGGAGAUGCUCUUCACGCAGUCGACGAUGACCCCUCGGCCGAGCGACAUGUUUAGCUCUCGCUUCUCUGAGCUGAUCGAGGAUCUUUCUGUCAAGGAUAUACCUGUCUUACCGGAGGAUCCUGUGGAGACGUUCCUUCAGCGAAAGCCGAAGAGGGAUGAUGCUGGUUCCAAGUCCUUGGUCAAGAAGACUUCAUCCUACUACUUCGACAAGGAUCGGCCGGUCAAGAAAUCCACGCUGCAGAAAGGUUCUUCCAAAAAGGGGCUGAACUUUCUCUCCUGA